CACCACCGACCGACGAAACGAUCUGUUUAUAAACUCCAAAAAUACGGACCCAUACUCGGUCAAUUACCCAUUAAUAACGAUGCCUGGAGUUACCGGAGCACGUACUCUCUACGACAAGGUCUUCGACGACCACGUUAUUGACCGCCAGGAUGACGGAACCUGCUUGAUCUAUAUCGACCGUCACCUCGUUCACGAAGUUACUUCUCCCCAGGCUUUCGAGGGUCUCCGCAAUGCCGACCGUAAGGUUCGCAGACCAGACUGUACCCUCGCUACUGUCGACCACAACAUCCCCACCGCCUCGCGCAAGAACUUCAAGAACGCCGAGACUUUCAUCGAGGAGCAGGACUCUAAGGUGCAAUGUAUGACUUUGGAGGAUAACGUCAAGGCUUUCGGAUUGACCUACUUUGGUAUGACCGACAAGCGUCAGGGUAUUGUUCACGUUAUCGGCCCUGAGCAGGGAUUCACCCUUCCCGGUGCCACCAUCGUCUGUGGUGACUCUCACACCUCCACCCACGGUGCUUUCGGUGCUCUCGCUUUCGGUAUCGGUACCUCGGAAGUUGAGCACGUUCUCGCUACCCAGACCCUUCUCCAGAAGAAGUCCAAGAACAUGAGGAUCGCCGUCGAUGGUCAGCUCGCCGAGGGUGUCACCUCUAAGGACAUCGUCCUCCACGUUAUCGGUGUCAUCGGUACCGCUGGUGGAAAUGGUGCCGUUAUUGAGUUCUGCGGUUCUGCGAUCGAGUGCUUGUCCAUGGAGGCGCGUAUGUCUAUCUGUAACAUGUCCAUCGAGGCUGGUGCCCGUGCUGGUAUGAUCGCCCCCGAUGACAUUACCUUCGAGUACCUCAAGGGCCGUCCCCUCGUUCCUCAAACCGAGGAGGAGUUCGCCAAGGCCGUCGAGUACUGGCGUUCUCUCCGCUCCGACCCCGGAGCAUCUUACGAUAUCGAGGUCUUGGUUGACGCCAAGGACAUCAUUCCUACCGUUACGUGGGGUACCUCCCCCCAGGACGUCGUCGGCAUCACCGGCAAGGUCCCUAACCCCGCCCACUUCGAUGACCCUGCCAAGAAGGCUGGUGUUGAGCGUGCCCUUAAGUACAUGGGUCUCGAGGCCGACACCCCUAUGGAGGAGAUCAAGAUCGACAAGGUCUUCAUCGGAUCCUGCACAAACUCCCGUAUCGAGGACUUGCGUUCCGCCGCCAAGGUCGUCAAGGGCAAGAUGGUCGCCAAGGGUAUCUACGCCAUGGUCGUCCCCGGAUCCGGUCUCGUUAAGAAGCAGGCUGAGGCUGAGGGUUUGGACGAGGUUUUCCGUGCUGCUGGAUUCGACUGGCGUGAGGCCGGUUGCUCUAUGUGCUUGGGUAUGAACCCUGAUCAGCUCAGGCCUGGAGAGCGUUGUGCGUCUACCUCUAACCGUAACUUCGAGGGUCGUCAGGGUCCUGGUGGACGUACUCACCUUAUGUCCCCCGCUAUGGCUGCUGCUGCUGCUAUCGAGGGUCGUCUGGCUGAUAUCCGUAAGGUGAUGACCCCUGGUGAGGGUAACGUCGCUUCCGACGGUGCACCACACGUCAAGGUCUUUAACCCCAAGGACGUUCUUGAGGAUGACGACGUCGUCGCUGGACGCAAGGAGGACGACCACGAUGCCGAGCAGGCUGACGUCGUCACCGACGCUCCCUCCAGCAGCAACCUCUCCGCUGGCAAUGGUGCUAUGCCUUCCUUCACUCAGCUCAAAGGUCUCGCAGCUCCCCUCGACAUCGCUAACGUCGACACUGACAUGUUGAUCCCCAAGCAGUUCUUGAAGACCAUCAAGCGUACCGGUCUCUCCGCUGGACUCUUCUACGAACUCCGCUUCAACCCCGCCACCGGCGAGAAGAAUCCUGACUUUGUCUUGAACAAGGAGCCCUACACUAAGGCUUGUAUCAUGGUCUGCACUGGACCUAACUUCGGAUGUGGAUCUUCCCGUGAGCACGCUCCUUGGGCUUUGAACGACUUUGGUAUCAGGUGUAUCAUCGCUCCCUCCUUCGCCGAUAUCUUCUUCAACAACUGCUUCAAGAACGGCAUGCUUCCCAUCCCUCUUCCCCAAGAGCAAGUCAACCUCCUUGCUGACGACGCCCGUUCCGGCGCUGAGCUCGAGAUCGACUUGGCUGAGCAGGUUAUCCGUCGUCCUAACGGCGACACUGUUUCCUUCGAGGUCGAGGCUUUCAGGAGGCACUGUUUGUUGAAUGGAUUGGACGAUAUUGGUCUAACCCUCCAGAAGGCCGACAAGAUCUCCAAGUUCGAAGAGAGGAGAACGGCGGAGUGGCCUUGGUUGAAUGGAAAGGGAUACAAGGAGGGUGAGGCUAUGAAGAUCAAGGUGCACAAGGAGAAGAAGGCUGGUGGUAAGCUUGACUGGUAAACAUGGGCAUGGCGUUUGAGGAGGUGUAUAGAUA